GCGUCGAAAAGCAUGGCUGAGCGAUUGUGAAAGUAGAGCCACCUUCGACUGACGUUAAUCAAGGGGAUUAAAACACGGAAGUAUUAGGUUUGUGUACAUUUGAAUACACAAGUUUUCUCCACACAUUAACUGAAAUCUCCACCGCUAUUAUAAUAUAUAUUAUUCGCCGCUUUUGACUGAACCCGUCACGUCUCGGAAACAGCCAGGAAUGUUGAACGACAGCUACAGAGAACUGGAAGAUUGUUUCAGGUCGUACAUCGUAACGAAAGCCACAACAUCGUACAUCAUUAACAGUGCUAUCUGCUGUACCGUAAAUCUAAUCCUCUUCUUUGUCGGAACCGUUCUUAAUGCGCUGGUUAUUUACGUGUUUUGGAGGACUCCGACACUACGAUUCAAAGUCUCGUAUUUCAUGAUCAUGGUCUUAUCAACCAACGAUAUAUUAGUCACGACAAUCGUCCACCCAGCGCAUCUGAUAAUGUCGAUUGCGGAGAUGGUUGGAAAGCCACGUUGCGGGUACAAAGCUUUUUAUCACAUCGCAUCGAUAGUAUUGUCAGGUAUGUCGCUGCUAACGUUCUUCGUCAUGAACAUCGAGCGGUAUUUGUCCGUAGUUCAUCCCAUAUUUCAUCUUCGCCAUGUCACCAAAUUUCGUUGUAUCAUCGUCUGCAGCGUGUUUUGGCUGCUAACGAUCUUCGGCGGCCCGUUUGCGUACGUGGUAAAUUACAACGGGCAAUUUAUACUCACGUUCGCUGCCGUGGUAAUAAUACUCGGAACAUGUUAUAUUUACAUCGCCAUAUUCUACAUCGCGAGGAAGAAAAGGCACGCAGCGCGAGACAAACGAAAGAAAGCAAACGCGUUUGUCGUUGAAGACGUGGGCCAUACUAACCUUAGCAUCAGCACCAGCACGGGCACCACAGAGAAUUUCGAAGUUCCGCUUGAGAAUGGCAAAUCCGACUGCCCUGUUGAUAAUCCGAGUCAUAUCAAUGACAGAAUUAACGAGAGCAAUUCAAAAACCGAUCAGUUCAGCGAUAUUAACAGCAACAGCGCUUCGCCUCGCGAGAAGGUCCAAGAAAAUUCUAAAACUAUCUCAUUUUUCCACGAUUUACAACUUGCUAAAAUGUACUUAUUGGUGGUGUUCAGCAGCUUCGUCUUAAAUUUACCGAAUGCCAUCGGUCUUGCGUUGCAUCAUGAUAGACUACAUGUGGUUGAUGGUUGGGUGCAAUCUAAGAUAUGGACGGUGACUCUUGUACUUAUGAGUUCGACCGUCAAUUGCCUGAUAUUUUUCUGGGCAAACGAAACGCUGAGGAAAGAAGGCAGAAAAGUAUACAAACGCAUAUUCCAGCGAUAAUUUCGAAUACGUGUGGUGCAUGUAAAAGAAGCUUCGUGUUUUGUUUUGUUUUAAGCCCCUAAGUGAUUCAUUGUCGUGCACAGCAUGAUGUGAAGUACGUUUAAACACUUUGCUGUGAUAACUGUGUAUCUCAAGCGAGCUGUAACAAUAGCUAAAUAAUGAAUAUCUGUCUUAUAGCUCCGUAACUAAAAGCUCUUUAUUAUAGCAUAGUCAUAUAGAAGGAUAAUUUUUCAAAGAUGUUAUGAUAAAAUUGACGUAUCUACAGUUACAAGUCUUUUAGAAACAAGUUCUUUAUUAUUAUUAUAGCUGUUAGAUGAUAUCAGUUGAAGCAAUUUCCAUUUCUAUAUUCACGAUGCCAACAGGAGCAUUUGCGAUUCACAAAGAACAUGCUUGGGUGUCAUAUUCACAAAGAACAUGCUUAAAUCCAGUAUCAGUGAAGCGCUUAAUCGGUCGAUUGAUUUAAAUUGGUUAUAACACAAAAUUUCUUAAUCUUAAACGCUUAAUCUUGAUGUGUUUUUACAUAUAAGAUGUCUUUGUAUGUAUUUUUCUGGAAAAUCUAACGACGUGAUUGAUAUAUAUAUGAUAGAGUGAAUAGGGAUAAAUGAAAUAUAUUAAGUCGCUUAAGGAACGGCUUUGUUCUAGAAUUUUAGACAAACGUAUUCCUUCAAAUAUUUUUCAAUUUUAGUACAUUUCUUUACGUAAACGCAUUAUGGGGGGCAGCACGAAGACCCAUUUGUGGCGAGUUAAGAUAUAAACAUGCUUUGUCUUUGACUCUUCGAUAAUUAGAGAUUUCAAUAUAAUUACGUAAGACGUUGCAAUCCGUUAUAUCGUACAUUAUGAGCUAUAUAUCGUAGUGUAAAAUUCCUCUUCAGAAAUUUUCCGUACAAUUUUGACAGAGUUGUAAAUAUUUGAAAAAAAAAAUU